GUGCUGCCCUCUGUCCCUCCCCAGAGAAGAGUGUCUCGCUCCUCGCGGGGCUCCCGGCCCCCGCUCCUUCCCUGCCCACCUACUGUGAGAGGCAGCUCCUCCCACCUGCCCAUAAAAGCCAAGUGCAUGUUACCGGCAGCGGGAGCCGAGCACUUCCCCGGCCCUCUCCUGCGGGAGCCCCGAGCCUCUCCUGGACCUUACGUGCUCAAGAAGCUGUUCUGAAAGUGAAACAGCCACUGGUGAAGAGACAGAAAUCAACCCCAGUCGUGUCACACGAAAGAACAAGGACACAGGUCGUAGAUUCCGCAGGCCAGCCAAGCCUGAAGGUGAUGGCUGCGCCGCCUGCCCCUCCACAGCUGCUGGGAGUGCUGCUUACCCUUUCUCUGGGCUCUGUCCGGCUCAUCCAGGCUGGUGCCUACUAUGGAAUCAAGCCACUGCCACCUCAAAUUCCUCCUCAGAUCCCACCACAAAUUCCGCAAUACCAGCCCUUGGGCCAGCAAGUACCUCACAUGCCUUUGGGCAAAGAUGGCCUUACCUUGGGCAAGGAGCUGCCCCACAUGCAUUAUGGCAAAGAGUAUCCACACCUACCCCAAUACAUGAAGGAGAUUCAGCAGGUCCCAAGAGUGAACAAGGAAGCAGCACCCAAGAAAGGCAAAGUAGAAAUACCAUUAGCCAGUUUACGAGGGGAGCAAGGUCCCCGUGGAGAACCUGGCCCCAGAGGACCACCGGGGCCCCCCGGUUUACCAGGUCAUGGGAUACCUGGGACCAAAGGAAAACCAGGGCCACAAGGAUAUCCAGGAAUUGGAAAGCCAGGUAUGCCUGGAAUGCCAGGAAAGCCAGGAGCCAUGGGAAUGCCUGGGGCAAAAGGUGAAAUUGGACCCAAAGGAGAGAUUGGGCUUAUGGGGAUCCCAGGACCCCAAGGGCCUCCAGGACCUCAUGGACUUCCUGGCAUUGGGAAGCCAGGUGGGCCAGGGUUACCAGGACAACCAGGUGCAAAGGGUGAGCGAGGACCCAAAGGACUACCAGGACCUCCAGGCCUUCAGGGUCCUAAAGGAGAGAAGGGCUUCGGGAUGCCAGGUUUGCCAGGCCUGAAGGGUCCUCCAGGGCUGCAUGGCCCUCCUGGACCUGUUGGACUUCCAGGAGUAGGCAAACCAGGAGUGACAGGCUUCCCUGGGCCCCAGGGUCCCCUGGGUAAGCCAGGUCCUCCAGGCGAACGAGGGCCACAAGGCCCUAUUGGGAUCCCAGGGGUUCAAGGGCCUCCAGGGAUGCCUGGAGUUGGAAAACCAGGCCAGGAUGGGAUCCCUGGCCAGCCAGGAUUUCCAGGUGGUAAAGGGGAGCAAGGACUGCCAGGGCUGCCAGGACCCCCCGGCCUUCCAGGGGUUGGGAAACCAGGCUUCCCUGGACCCAAAGGUGACAGGGGGGUAGGGGGUCUUCCUGGAGCUCUGGGACCAAGAGGGGAGAAAGGACCAGUAGGUGCUCCUGGAAUGGGGGGUCCCCCAGGAGAGUCAGGCCUGCCUGGAAUCCCAGGUCCUAUGGGUCCUCCAGGUGCUAUUGGUUUUCCUGGACCCAAAGGAGAAGGUGGAGUUGUGGGGCCACAGGGACCACCAGGUCCCAAGGGUGAGCCAGGGCUUCAAGGCUUCCCAGGAAAGCCAGGCUUCCUUGGGGAAGUGGGACCCCCUGGCAUGAGGGGUUUGCCAGGUCCUAUAGGGCCAAAGGGGGAAGCGGGGCUCAAAGGUUUGCCAGGGCUCCCGGGUGUGCCAGGGCUGCUUGGACCAAAGGGAGAACCAGGAAUCCCAGGAGGUCAGGGCUUGCAGGGCCCCCCAGGCAUCCCAGGGAUUGCAGGCCCUAGUGGCCCUAUUGGACCACCUGGCAUCCCAGGUCCCAAAGGGGAACCAGGCCUCCCAGGGCCCCCUGGGUUCCCUGGAGUAGGGAAGCCGGGAGUGGCAGGACUUCAUGGCCCCCCAGGGAAGCCUGGUGCCCUGGGUCCUCAAGGUCAGCCUGGCCUUCCUGGGCCCCCAGGCCCUCCAGGGCCCCCAGGACCCCCAGCCGUGAUGCCCCCUACACCACCACCCCACGGAGAGUAUCUGCCGGAUAUGGGGCUGGGAAUUGAAGGGGUGAAACCCCCCCAUGCCUAUGGAGCUAAGAAAGGCAAGAACGGAGGGCCCACCUACGAGAUGCCUGCAUUUACUGCGGAGCUGACUGCGCCUUUCCCGCCCGUGGGGGCCCCCGUUAAGUUCGACAAACUGCUCUAUAACGGCAGACAGAACUACAACCCGCAGACGGGCGUCUUCACCUGCGAGGUCCCCGGGGUCUACUACUUCGCAUAUCAUGUUCACUGCAAGGGCGGCAACGUGUGGGUUGCUCUGUUCAAGAACAACGAGCCCAUGAUGUACACGUACGACGAGUAUAAGAAGGGCUUUCUGGACCAGGCGUCUGGCAGCGCCGUGCUUCUGCUCAGGCCCGGAGACCGCGUGUUCCUCCAGAUGCCCUCUGAACAGGCGGCAGGACUGUACGCCGGCCAGUACGUCCAUUCCUCCUUUUCAGGAUAUUUAUUGUAUCCCAUGUAAAAAAGAAACGAAAGAGAGAUUUAACAGAAGAAAAGAAAAUGACAUGCCAAAAAAAUUCCAAAUGAAACAUAAUUGCUUCAAAACAUUUAUAUAGUUGGAAAGUUAUAUUUAAGUGAAAAUUUGAACCAUUGUGUACAAUUAAAGACUAAGAUGCAUGUUUAAUGCUCUGCACAGCAGCUUGUAACUGAAAAUGAUGGGAUAGAUUUAUGUAUCUAGUACUGACACUUGUGUGGUACCCACUGGAAUCAUUUUAACUGAUGUAUGUUACAUGCUUCCUAGUACUGACACUUGUGUGGUACCCACUGGAAUCAUUUUAGCUGAUGUAUGUUACAUGCUUCCAUGAUGACCUACUUAUUCAGAUCAGGCGAAAUAUGUCAGUACGAAAGAUCAUAGCUAGUGAAAGUCACUCAUUCACACUGAUUACGCUAAAAGAUUUAUAAAUGUGGCUUAAAGAAAUGUCAGUUAUAACAAUUACAUACCGUAUUUACUUGCAUAGUUUCUUCUGUGUUUGUGCAGAUAUUUUGUCAUGCACAUGGGGGAGGAGUGCUGCAGUGUUACUGCCCCGGCAGGAGGGAGCCAGGAACCCUAUCGGAGCGGAGGCUGUGUCUUUUAACAAGAGUCCUACUCAGAAUUGUGGGUCUUGUGUCUCUAGAAGAACCGGUGAACCAGUCGACUGUUGUGUAUUUACUAUUCAGUGCUUCUCUCUGCCUGGCACUGGAUGAGGCACUUUUUUGUGGGGCUCAGACAGUACCCACAAAGAGCUAAGAAACUAGCUAGAAGACAUGAGCAGAAAUUAGUUCACUUAUUCCUCAAGGGUUCUUUUGGUUUUUUGGGGGGGAAUUUUUUUCUUCCCUCCUUGUAAUUUCUGCUAUGACCCAACUAAUAUAAACACCUGGAAGUCAUAAGAAAAAGGUAGUAACCAUCUCACCCAUAAGUUUCCCGGUUUGUGGAAUGUUCACUAGCAAUAGCAGUUAGUAAUUAUAUUUGCACGCAUAUAAAAAUCCUCCUUUUUUGCCUAAACAAAUUAUUACAAUGAGGUUUCACCCAUGAAGAAGAUACUAAUUUUUUAAAUAGCUGUUGAAUUUUGAAGAAAUGUCCCUGUGUAGUACAAGUGCAAAUUGUUGCGUCAUCUGAUGUUCCAAAGUCAAUUUCCAAAACCCAAACCAUCCUUUAUUGGGGGGAGGGGGCAAGGGAGGAGUUUCAGAAUUACAUAGGAAAAUAAAAUUUUUGAAAAAGUAAUUUCUGAAGUUUUAAAGUUUAAAACAGUGGCACUAUUAGUAGUAGAAGCACUACUUCCUGGUAUAGAUAUUAAAAUUGUCGAGAAAGAACUUUCUUCAGAAGCAGCCUGUGGAAGAGCUAAUGUCAAAGGGCAAUGACAGCCCGUGCUUUUUAUGUCACCUCAUACUCAGCACAAGUCAAAAGUCAAUACAAGUUUAUGGGAAAAAUAAACAUAUUUCCAGGUUUUUACUUAAGUACAUACUAACUGCUUUGGGGGCAUUCAAAUCUGGUCUCAAAAUACAGACAAAGCAUUUCAAGUCAGCUGUGAGUCCGCUGCUGACAAUAUAAGCCCCUGGGGGAAAUAAUGUGGGUUAUGGCUGUAGAAUCUUGUAUCUUUUCCUCAAAAUUAAGAGACGCUGAGGAAAUACAUACACAGGGGGAAAUACACAAAUAAAUACGGUAUAAACGCACGUGGAAAUGUAUCUAAGUGAAAUCUGAGUCAUUUCAGCCAUCAAGAAAAUUCUCAACCUAAUAUCUCUUUUCCCAUGUAUGGUUUACAAGUACUGUAUUUCUUCUCAAUUUCUUAAAAAGAGAAAUGAGUUCAUUCUUACAGGGUUUCUUAUUCACUGCUAAUUACAUAACAAACUUUUCCCAUGAAAAAGAUGUCCUACCUUUCAUUUUCAAAGCAGAUAGCAUUUAUGUGGCCAAAUAUCCAACAGGUUGGCCUUAAAGAUGCUGGUGGAGGGCUGAUGGCUAUGGGGACAACAGGAAUCCACUGGGCUCCUGCUGCUGCAUAGCUGCAUUGACAUGGCUUGGAAGCAAGUCAGAUCAGCUCAUUUGUAAAACUGUUUAUCUGUACAUGUAUGGGCUCCUUAUUUCCACCAAGUAAGAGAGAAAGUACCUCUUUAGUUAAAAUUUCACUUUUCAAAAUACCUUCCAACUUAUUUAUUGGUUGUUACUCAAUUUCAUUUAUAUACAUACAGAUAUAUAUAUGUGUGUGUGUGUGUGUGUGUGUGUGUAUACGUAUGUGUGUGUAUUAUCAGGCAUAUGCUUCUAACUUUCAGAUAGGGGAGGAGCAAAAUCUAUGCCAUAAACUGUGUAUUCUACAAUGGUGCUAAUCUCAGAGCGAUAUAAAUUACUCCAUUUAAUUUAAAAAAGAGUUUUAAAUAAUUAUCUAUGUGUCUGUGUGUUCCCUUUUGAUUGUUGCGCAUCAUGCUAACACACUAGUUGUAAAAGCAAAUGAAACAACCCCAUGUUUUGAAAUUCUAGAUAACCCUAUUUAAUUCAAAAUUAUCUAGAACUAUUCCACGUGAAAUGGAUUAAACUGGCAUUAUUGACAUUUAAAUACAGAGUUUUAAUGCAGUACGACAUCCCACAGGGGAAAAGAGCAUCUGUAGUGGGUGACUGCUCUCAAAUAUUUUACAGAAGACCAUGAACGGUGAACAGACUGGUAACCUUUUUGAGUUUCCAUGAUAGAUUUGAGAAUUGUCAAUAGCAAAUCAUUUUUGUAUUUAAAUUUUUGUACCUAUUUGAAAAAAAGUCUUAUUAAAUAUCUUUAAAAGUA